GGACGGUACGCUUCUUCAACAACUGCAGCCACCUCGGAAGCUCGCCAGACAACAAAGUCGGAACAUUCAAGAUCUUUAGACAAUUUCGUGGUUUAUUUGCCACUAUGUUUUACACGUACUUUUGUGGAAACAACUAGCUACCCCAUUUAAUUUCAUAUUGACGUUGUUGUCAGUCGGUUGGUUUAGUUAGCACUAGUUUAGCUAACAUCCCCGACCAUGAGUUUACUAAAAUACUCUCUUCUUGCUGAAGAAGAGGUCUGCUGGACGGAGAAAGAUGCUCCCGUGAAAGAGGAGGAGGAAGAUGAGGCUGUUACAAUACAAAAACAAGUCGAGGGCGAGGCUGUUACGGUGAAAGAAGAGGAAGGCGCGUUCAAAGUGAAAGAGGAGGAAGACGAGGAGGUUACUGUCACAGUGAAAGAAGAGGAUUACGAUUUUGGAGUGGAGGAGGAAAAUAAGGAGAUUACUGUCACAUUGGAGGAGGAAGAAGCAGAAGAAGAGAAGACUGGAGAUCUGAUUAAGUCCAGAGAGAAACCAGACUCUCACUCUGACAGCGGGAAGAGUCAUUCAGAGAAUCCAGACCCAGAGAUUCCCAAACCAGCGACACGACUCAACUGCUCCCAGUGUGGAAAGAGUUUUAAGUGGUUAUGUAAGCUCAAAGAGCAUGAGAGAACACACACAGGAGAAAAGCUCUUCCAAUGCACCCAUUGUGAAAAGAGAUUUAACCAGUCAUCACAUCUGAAAGAGCAUGAGAGAAUACACACAGGAGAGAAGCCUUUCCAAUGCUCCCAGUGUGGAACGAAAUGUACACGGUUAAAGCACCUGAAAGAGCAUGAGAGGAUACACACAGGAGAGAAGCCUUUCCAAUGCUCCCAGUGUGGAAAGGGUUUUACACGGUUAGGAAACCUGAAAGAACAUGAAAUAAUACACACAGGAGAGAGGCCUUACCAUUGCUCCCAAUGUGGAAAGAGUUUUACCCGAGUAGGGAACCUGAACAAACAUAAGAGAAUACACUCUGGAGAGAAGCCUUACCCCUGUUCCCAUUGUGGAAAUCAUUUUAGAUGGUUAGGAGACCUGAAGGAGCACGAGAAGACACACACAGGGGAGAAACCUUACCAUUGCUCCUUGUGCGGAAAGGAUUUUACCAAGUUAGGGAACCUAAAAGAGCAUAAGAAGAAACACACAGGAGAAAAGCCAUACCCAUGCUCCCUGUGUGGAAAGACUUUUACCCAGUUAGGGAGCCUGAAAUAUCACGAGGGGACACACACAGAAAAAAAGACCUACCACUGCUCUCGGUGUCAAAAGACAUUUACCCGAUUAGGGAACCUGAAAAAGCAUGAGAGAAUACACACACUCAGGUGAGGAUAAGACCGUCCACUGCUCCCAGUGUGGACAGAGUUUAGGUCAGUUAGGGAACCUUAAAGAGCAGGAAAACACAUACAGCGGAGAACCAUUACCACUGCUCUAAUUACGGAAAGACAUUUUCCCAGUCUGAGGACCUGAAAUCACAUGACAGAAUAGAGGCUGUGUUCUGAAAUGUGUUUUGUUUAGAUGAAAUCAUAUAUCAGCUUUCCCAGGACGGCCGUGCACCAGAAAUACCUGUAGAGACGCGAAAGAGAGAGCGAGAAAGAGAGAGAAAGAGAGAGAAAGAGAGAGAGAGAAAGAGAGAGAGAGAGAGAGAGAAAGAGAGAGAAAAAGAGAGA